AGCUGCGUGCGCUCGCGCGUGCACGUGUGCGUGUGUAUACGCGCUGGAAUGGCACGGACGGUAUCGGGUCAGCGUGAAAAAGUGGAGGAAGUAUGGAGAUUAUUUUCUGAUAUACAUGGAAGACCGAAGGAGUAUUAAGGCAUCGUCGAGGCGGAUGACGUGGCCUGCGGUCCGCCCAACCGACCGCAAUCGGCCGUCGACCAGUCGUCGUUCCAUUGCGUUUCUGAUGCGUUGUCGCGCGAGGCGGGUCCGCGACGGUAUCUCGUGGUGCGUGUCAAAUCAGCAAGCCGUUACGAUGCGUCGUUACGCAAACGGUGAAACCCUACGAUAGGUGGGCACCGCUUAUCCGCUGCUCUAUUUGGCGACGAACGUCGAUAUGCCAGUGCACGCUAAUUAGGAAGAUAAUGAGACCGGAAAUAAGUCCAAUUUGGAAAGAUCAUCCAGCGGUGAAAUCUAGCGAUUUCCAACGAAUCUCAAACAGAAGAUCUAUCGACAAUUGAAGGAGUAAUUUAAUUACCUAUAAUUGGGGCUUUUAAUUCCGUGCAGGAUAAGGUUACUUAGGCAAAACAUCUGGACGAUAUCUUCUAUCUUAAUUGAUUCUAUCAUCAUUAUUAUUAUUGAAAUAAGGUGAUCAAGUAAAUACCUCAUUACUGAUUUAAGUAAUAAUUACUCCUUGAUGGAAUACGAACGAUAUCGUGAAUAAAAUGUACAGCUUAAAGCCAAGUCUGCAGAUUAUGGUAUUAUGUAUCAGUAUUCUACCAUACAUUUCACCAGGACAGGCGGAAGGUAUUUCGUGUUUCAAGUGUCUCAUGACGCUCGCAAAUCCGGAUGAUACAGAAAUGCUUUGUUCCCAUUUCGAUGGGAGUGCCAAAUUCCAGGUGUUUUGUCCGACUUCGACACUUUGUAUGAAGAGAACUGUUGAAUACAAGUCUAAAACAUCUAUAGUGACCACUGUUCAGCGAGAUUGCGCGCCUCAGAAAUAUACUUCUCACACUUACAAUGACGCCGAUAAACAGUGGUACAAAAAGGAAGAGGUCAUAACAUCCGCUUACGAGGAGGGUUGUUUUAUUGGAGAACACAGAGGCGCACCUACUGGCCCACCCGAAUACUGUUUUUGCAGUUUCCACUUGUGCAAUUCAUCUCCCCCGCAAAUUGGGACGUUUAACAAAGUAUGUGGGGCGAUAUUAGCGCUGCUAAUUGUAAGAUUGUUGUAAAACUUUAUAGUUUAUCGCACAUAAUGUGUUUUUUAAAAGAAAGUGCAAUUCGUACGAAAGUUUUGUGUGCACAAGACAAGUAAGGCUCUCCUGUUAAUUAUGGAGUGCAGAGAUCCUUCGUAACAAAUUGCAAAUAUCAUACAAUACAGAAUUACAGGCCUAUCCAGUAAGAAUGACCAUAAACAAUUAACAUGUUUCGUACAAUUGUUACAUUAAAUAAUUUAUUUUUAAUUUUGUAAUUUCCGAAUUUCUAUUUCGAUAUUUAUAAUUUGGAAUAAUACAUGCUUUUGAAUGCAAAAAAAUGUUUAUCAGGAAUUAAAGAAAGUAUUCUGGAGUAAUCUUUCUUAAUUUAUAGUUAGAAAUAUUUUAUAUCUAGUAUCUCUAUACAUAAGCACUGCCAAAAAGUAAGACCAAAACUGUCAUUUAAUGUUCAUAAACAAAGCAUACUUUGUGCAUGCAAGUACUUAACAUUCAAACUCGAGCUGUGAAUAUUGAUUAUAAUAAUAUUGCCACAUUUAAGAUAUUUAACACAAUGACAAAUUAUAAUAUUAAAUCUCUGUACUUUAGCAGUACAAUAUUUUCAUAUUAUGUUCAUAUGCAUUGUAUGAAUUAUGUAAGUAAUUAUGUAACAGAUGAUUUGAAAUUACUUCAAUAAAAUUUAUUUCAAUGCA